AUGGCGCUCGAGGCAGCCUCGCCCGCACACGCCCACGCCGUCCACCACGACCAGAUAAUGCUGGAGACAGGAGCAAAAAUUUACUGGCCAAGUCACCUGAAGAUCGGAGGAAAGUCUAGAAAAACGCCGCGCGUGCACCUCGCCGGCAGCCUGCUCAGUGUGAUGGAGGCGGCCCGUCGCGUGCAGGAAGGACUGGCCGCACCGGAGGAGCGCGUGACUCUGAAGCUGGACCUGUCGCACGCCUUCCACUCGCACCUGAUCGGGCGCGGCGGCGCCGCGGUGCAGCGCCUCAUGCAGGAGACCGGCGCGCACGUGCACUUCCCGGACUGCAACCGCGCCGCCGCGCCCUCCGCGCCGCGCUCCAACCUCGUCUCCGCCGCGGGGCCCCUGCGCCACGUCGAGCACGCGCGCCGCCGACUGAGGGUGAGUACGCGUGACGUAUAUGGCCUACGUGGGACAGCGCGCAGUCCAAGGGUG